AAACCAAAUUUUAACUGGGGAAAUUUCCACAAUCCCAAGUCGCGGACUCACUUUCUCCUCCGAUCCCAAAACCAAAAAGCGAAGAGAGAGAGAGAGAGAGAGAGAGAGCAGUGAAAUCAGAUCCAAAGACUGAAGCGCAGUUGGUUCCUGAAAUGGGAGGUUGGAAUUGAAAUGCUGCCGAAUCUGUCUCCCUUUGGCAGCAAUUUGGGCAAUCCGUUUUUGUUGAAUGGCGAUUUGAGCAGCGAGGGUGCUCCUGCUCCUAGCGUUUUGUUCUUGGUCCCGUUUCUCUUGUUCCAAGGACGAACCGGAAUGGAUUUGUCCAAGGUCGGCGAGAAAAUUCUCAGCUCCGUCAGGUCUGCCAGAUCACUCGGUCUUCUUCCUCCCGCUUCUGAUCGCCCGGAGGUUCCAGCGCGAGCUGCAGCUGCUGCAGUUGUUGCUCGUGCUAUUGCGGGACUGCCUCCACAUCAAAGAUAUGGCCUCUCUUCAAGCUCUGAAGAAUUGAGCUCAAUUUAUGGGAGCAGACAACAACAUGGUGAAGAAGUGGAGGAGAUAGAGGAAGAAUUCUAUGAAGAGGGUUUUGAUCCAGUUAGACAUAUUUUGGAGCAUAUUCCUUCUGACGAAAAUGAGCUGGCUUAUUUUGAGAGACAGGCAGCUCUUAAAUUAGCACAACUGGAUAGAGUAUCAGAACAUUUAUCCCGAAAUGUUAUGGAACAUCAUGAAGUAAUGGUGAAGGGGAUGCAUUUGGUCAGGGAAUUGGAGAAAGACUUAAAAGUUGCGAAUGUCAUUUGCAUGAAUGGAAGACGGCAUCUUACUUCAUCGAGAAAUGAGGUUUCUAGGGAUCUGAUCGUAAAUUCCUAUUCCAAGAAGAAACAUGCUCUUCUGGACAUGGUUCCAGUUUUGACUGAGCUUCGUCAUGCGUUAGAAAUGCAAUCCGAACUCGAGUCUCUUGUUGAGGAAGGAAAUUACUGUAGGGCCUUUCAAGUACUGUCUGAGUAUCUGCAGCUAUUAGAUAGUUUCUCAGAACUAUCUGCAGUACAAGAGAUGAGCCGUGGAGUUGAGGUUUGGCUGGGACAAACUCUUCAGAAGCUGGAUUCCUUGUUGCUAGGAGUGUGCCAGAAAUUCAAUGAGGAGGGCUAUAUAACUGUGGUUGAUGCGUAUGCUCUAAUUGGGGACAUCUCUGGUCUUGCUGAGAAGAUACAAAGUUACUUUAUGCAGGAAGUUCUCUCAGAAACCCAUUCUAUAUUGAAGACCAUUGUGCAAGAGGAUCAGGAAGUAGACAUGCAAAAUAGUCGACUUACCUACAGUGAUCUAUGCCGUCAGAUACCUGAACCUAAGUUUAGGCAGUGUUUGUUAAAUACACUAGAGAUUCUAUUCAAGUUGAUGUGCUCAUAUCAUGAAAUCAUGGCCUUUCAGCUGGAUGAUAAGGAUUCGGCCGAGAAAACUUCAAGCAUUGAGCCAGAGGAAAGUGACAUCUCUCAAAUUCCAGGAGGCGUUCAGAACAUUUCAACGUCUUUCUCGUCCGCAAAAGCUAAUGGCUCUCUCUCAGAAUGUGUAGAUGUAAUAGCAGGUUCAUCUUCUAUGGAGGAAUCUCAUACCAACUCUUCCACCGAGCCUACGGGAAACACCACUUCCGUGUGUACAACAUCUCAUGAUCUAGUUGAUGAGGCUAGGAUGGAUGGCAGUGCUGCGUCAACAAGUGGGUCUCCUUGGUAUCAACUGCGGAAAGAUGCCACUGCAUUUGUUUCACAAACCCUUCAAAGAGGACGCAAAAAUCUCUGGCAUCUCACAACUACUCGUGUAUCAGUCUUGCUUUCUUCUGCUUCUGUAUCUUCUGCCAGCAUUCACCAGUUCUUGAAAAAUUAUGAAGAUCUGAGUGCCUUCAUCUUGGCUGGGGAAGCAUUUUGCGGAAUUGAAGCAGCUGACUUCAGGCAGAAGUUGAAGGCAGUUUGUGAAAGUUACUUUUUAGCUUUUCAUCGGCAGAAUAUCUUUGCGCUCAAAAUGGUCCUGGAAAGAGAACUUUGGUUAAUCAUGCCACCUGAUACGGUACAAGAAAUUACCUUUCCUGGGCUUGUUGGUGAUGGAGCACCUUUAAUUAUUCCAUCUAAUAGUAAGUCCAGGGUGCUACUUUCUGAUAAGUCUGCUAGAUUGGUUGAUACUGGUGUCAAGAAGAGUGGUUUUUCUAUUUGGAUAAAAAAUGGAAACCCUUUUGCGUUAAAACUGCCACACUCUUCCAAAGAAGGUCCGAAAGGGAAUGGUACAACUUCUGGUGAAUUUGAUGGAAAUUUUAGUGAAGGUGACAAGGUCUCUCCACGAAAGAGUGAUGCCAAUCAUUCGAAUGGUGCUAAUUCUGUUUCGGAAGACGAAAAUGAGGACCUUCUUGCAGACUUUAUUGAUGAGGAUAGUCAACUCCCCAGUCGAAUUUCAAAACCGAAACACCCGAGAAGCCAAUCUUCACACUGGAAUGCUGGAGAGCUAAUAGCCCAAACAGGAUCGUCUAUUUGCCUUCUAAGGUCAAUGGAUAAAUAUGCCAGGCUAAUGCAGAAAUUAGAUAUAGUCAAUGUGGAGUUCUUCAAGGGGAUAUGCCAGUUGUUUGAGGUAUUCUUUCAUUUUGUAUUUGAAACAUUUGCUCAGCAAAAUAGCAACUCUGGUGGAAAAGGCUCAUCUGACCCGAUUAAUUAUCGCCUGAAGACAGCAUUGUCCAGAAUACAACAAAAUUGUGACCAGUGGAUGAAGCCCUCAUCAUCAUCUUCCCCCGCAUCUUUGAAUUCACCAUUUACACAUGCAGAUAUCACACCUAUGAGUCCUUCCAGUACAAAUUUUGGUAGCACACCUGGAACGUCUUUUGGUCUCAAGGAAAGAUGUGCUGGUGCUGAUACUCUCUCUCUCGUUGCUCGAAUAUUGCAUAGAUCCAAGGCUCAUCUCCAGACAAUGCUUUUUCAGAAAAAUGCUGCUGUAGUUGAUGAUUUCUAUGUGAAUUUGGUGGAUGCUGUACCAGAUCUUAUAGAGCAAAUUCAUAGGACAACUGCAAGAUUGCUCCUCCAUAUUAACGGGUAUGUUGAUCGGAUUGCCAAUGCAAAAUGGGAAGUCAAAGAACUUGGACUCGAACAUAAUGGGUAUGUUGAUUUGUUGUUGGGAGAAUUUAAGCACUACAAAACAAGGCUUGCUCAUGGGGGAAUCCGCAAGGAGGUUCAAGAUCGCCUCUUAGAUUAUGGACUGGAAAUUGUUGCCCAUACUCUUGUAGAAGGUCUAUCACGUGUCAAGAGGUGUACUGAUGAAGGGAGGGCUCUCAUGUCAUUGGAUCUUCAGGUUUUGAUCAAUGGGUUACAACAUUUUGUCUCCAUGAAUGUUAAGCCUCAUUUGCAAAUAGUUGAGGGCUUCAUUAAGGCAUACUAUCUUCCUGAAACUGAAUAUGUGCACUGGGCACGCGCACACCCUGAGUAUACAAAAAAUCAAAUUGUUGGGUUGAUCAAUCUGGUUGCCACAAUGAAAGGUUGGAAGAGAAAAACUAGGUUGGAAGUACUAGAAAAGAUCGAAUGAACAUGUAAGUUCGAAUAACUCUGGUAGGUUUCAAUCAUAUAGAACCUCACAUGUUGCUGUUCACUUUUGAUUUUUUAUAUGAAUGUAUAUUUGUUCCUGUUUUGAUUUUUCUGUACUGUAAUGUAUUUGUUGAUUCAGGUUGUAUAUCUUGUCAUCCCUAACUUUGUAACAUACAAUCACCCUUGGUAGGAAAAAUUCAAUGUAAUUUUGGAACACAUAAGGCUUAUGAUGAUAUACAAGUGGAAGAAACUAUUGGAAUCAUGAUGAUUUUCAUGCAA